AUGUUGAAGCGUAUCUUGGAGGACCAGUACAAGCCGCUGAGAGUCAAGGGCUACCAGAAACCGAUUCCCAAACCUGCUCCCCUCCCCUCCCAAGCCUUCGAGUCGUCUCCAGCCCCCGCCUCCUCCUCGACCACAUCCGACGUCGACCCCGAAGCGAUCCCCACACGCACGCUGAUGCCAUGGGAAGUCGAGUUCAAAGCGCCGAACCACUACAACCCUCUCCCGGGCUACCGGCCCCCUCCCUCCUCCUUUUCCACCUCAGCCGCACUCAUCGGUGCCGGUCUCUCAGCGAAAAAAGCUGCCCUCGCCGCCGCCCGAAAAGACGCCGCACUCCUCUCCUCCCGCCCGACCGCAGCGCGCAAACAGCGCCUCGCAUCCGCGUACGAGCGCUCGCUUGACUACCGUGGUGGAGUGCGGCCUUCUGGCGCGCAGAACGGCUCAUUCAGCGGGAGGGGUAUCGCGGUCCCUGUGCAUGUGGAUGAGAGUGGAGGGGUGGGACAUUCGGGAGAGAUGAGGGUUUGGGAGGGGUUCAUUGAGGAGAAGAUCAAGCAGGCGAGGAGGGAUGGGGUGUUUGAUAACGUCAAGGGACGCGGGAAACCGAUGCCGAAGGACGAGGCAGAGUCGAAUCCGUUCAUCACCAGGACCGAGUUCUUGAUGAACCGCAUCCUGAAGGAGCAAGAAGCCGCUCCACCCUGGGUCGAGAUGCAAAAAGAACUCGAAACAGCCUUAGCGAACUUCCGAUCCGAGCUACGCGCGAGCUGGACUCGUCGAGCUGUGAGGAUCCGGUCGUCUGAAGGGUUGACGCAGGCUGUUGUGAGGGAGAUCAGGGAGGGGUGGAAAGAUCGCGAGUGGGAGGAGAGGGAGAGGGCUUACCAUGAGGUGUCGAUCAAGUCGCUCAACGACCUGACGCGGAAGUACAACAUCAUUGCGCCAUACAACGUCCGCCGCACCCUCCUCUCGCUCCGCCACGAGCUCGACGCAGCCAUCACGUCCUGCGCUCCCUCCAUCGCCGCCGAACUCCAACGGCGCAUCGACUCGGGCAUGUCCUCCCCCUCGUCAGGCGUGAUCUACACCGACACCGGCACGGUGCAGAGCAUGACGGCGGAGGAGAUGGGUGGCGAGAAGGCGGCGGACAAGAAGGAUACGAUGUGGAAGGCGUUCAAGAGGGUGUUGGUGGAGGUGUUGAGUAAGGGCCCGGAUCCGGAACCCGCGCAGGUGGGCCAGGCGGGGAGGCAGUGA